UUGCUUCAUCUCACAGCCAACGGCAUCAACGAAGAACCGACUUCCGAGAUGGCACGUCCCGCGAUCUCCAAGAAACAACGCUUAGUCGCCACGAUCGCCAUAUCCGGCGCCUUCUUCAUCGCCGAGCUCGUAGUCGGGUUCCGGACCAAGUCGUUGGCCCUCAUCGCAGACGCGUUCCAUUACAUGAACGAUCUGAUCGGAUUCCUCGUCGCCUUACUAGCCGUCGUCCUUUCGGAACGCAAGGAAGCGCCUCGGUCGUUGACGUUCGGUUGGAAGCGCGCCCAAGUCCUGGGUGCCUUCUUCAACGGCGUGUUCCUGCUUGCCUUGGGAGUCAGCAUACUCCUCCAGGCAGUUGAACGAUUUAUCAACUUGAGCGAGGUUAAUGACCCCGUUCUCAUGUUGAUCAUGGGCUGCGUUGGUCUUGGGCUGAAUGUUCUUGUAAUGAGCUUCCUGCACGAGGGGCAUCACGACCAUGACCACAGCCACGAUACUGGCAACUUCGAUAGCAAGGAACUCACAAAACCCCCAUAUUCGGUGCGUAGCGUACCUCAACAAGCGAUCAUCUUGCGACAUGAGGCCGACGUCGAAAAGCCAAGGCAAUCAUGCCCAGAUCCCGAACAAACAGUCAUCAAGGCGCCCACCGGCCGCGACCUCGGAAUGCUCGGAGUCAUGAUCCACGUCAUCGGCGACGCCAUUAACAACGCCGGCGUGAUCGUCGCAGCCGUUGUCAUAUGGAAGGGCAACGGCGAAGGCCGCUUCUACGCCGACCCUGGAGUCAGUCUCUUCAUCGCGCUGACCAUCAUGCUUUCGGCAUGGCCUCUAUGUAAGCGAGCUGGACACAUCUUGCUGGAGAGUGCGCCUCCUGGCAUCAACCUGGACAAUGUCAAAUCCGAGGCUGCUCAGACUUCGGGGGUUCAGGCUAUCCCAGAACUUCGCGUUUGGCGCAUCGACCAGAGAACGACGCUCGCCACUGCCCAGGUAGUAGUGGCCAACGACAGUCUCCGCGGUUUCGAGACGAAAGCGAAAGCCAUCCGCGCGUAUCUGCAGCUACACGGGAUCCAAGCCGUUGCAUUGGAGCCCCUCCAAACACUCCAAAAAGAGAUCCCCGAGAUCAGCUGA